AUGUCUCUCUCUGGAAAAGUCGUCCUCAUCACCGGCGCCUCCAAAGGCAUCGGCAAAGCCAUCGCCCAGCGUCUCGCCAGCGAAGGCGCCAGCGUCGUGCUGAACUACAACACCGACGCCCCCUCCGCCAACGAACUCGUCCAGGAAAUUGGCCAAGACCGAGCUCUCGCUGUCCAAGCCGACGCUUCCAAGCUUCCAGACCUCGACCGCCUCGUUGACGCCGCCGUCACCAAGUUCGGCAAGAUCGAUGUCCUCAUCCCCAAUGCCGGCAUCAUGCCCAUGCGCGACCUGGAACAUACCACCGAGGAGGACUUUGACCGCGUCUACAACAUCACAGUCAAGGGACCAUACUUCCUUGCACAGAAAGCAGCAAAGCACAUCCCGUCAGGCGGGCGCAUCGUCUUCGUCUCAACAAGCGUCAUCGGCCUGUCCAACAUCGCCCCUCCUUAUCUCCUCUACGGCUCAGCCAAAGGCGCCGUCGAGCAAAUGUCGCGAAUUAUGGCCAAGGAUCUGGCCCGGAAUGGGAUCCUAGUGAACUGCAUCGCCCCCGGCCCAACCACCACCGGGCUCUUCCUCGAGGGCAAGUCGGAUCAGGUGUUGAAGGCCGUUGCUGGGAAUAGCCCGUUUGGUCGUAUUGGAGAGCCAGAUGAGAUUGCGAAUGCGGUUUACUUUCUUUGUGGGAAGGACAGUAACUGGGUGUCGGGGCAGGUUCUGAGGGUGAAUGGCGCGAUGGCAUAA